AUGAAAGCAGUUUGGUUUGCUGUCCUUACAUUGCUGUACUUGGAGCUUUCCAUGAAGGUUGGCACUGCCCCAAUCUGUGCCUAUGGACAGGCUGGAUGCCAUGUCCCCUCCCUGGCAGAUCUCUUUGACAGGGUCAUACAACAGUCUUCAAGAAUGCAUGGCGUCUCCAGUGAUCUGCAUUCUGAAUUUGAGCAAUAUUUCUUUCCCAGCAAGAACCUCAUAGGAAAACAGAGAUGCCACACAUAUGGCAUACUAACACCAGAUGACAAAGAGAACGCCCAAAGACUAGGUCGAGAACAACUGACAGAGGUGAUCCUGAGGCUCCUGGAGGCCUGGGGAGACCCCCUGUCACAGCUUUACCGGAGCAUGUCUCAGGAUCAGAAUCAAGACUUCAAUCACUACAGCUCCACCAAGGCACUGGAGAUCAGUGAUAUGGUGCAUGAGCUGAGGGAUGGAGUGGCAAAAAUGACUGAAAAGAUGAAGCUCUUGGGAGUGCUUGCUAACACUGUGGGUUACAUCUCUCCUGAGAGUUUGGUCCCAUCUUCUUCCUUUUCCUUUUACAAACGAGGAGAGCUCAGCUCCAUGGACCAUCAUGACCUGCUCUACUGCUUCCGCAGAGACUCCAACAAGGUCAAAAAUUAUCUCCGUAUUCUGAAAUGCACCACCCUUCCUGAACUGGACUGUUAG